UAACCAGAGGUGUGAACAUCAAGUAACCAAAUAGUGAAUAUAAUCAGUUAACUAUUGACAAUUUACUUUUCCCUGUUCCCGUCACUUUUAUGGUUAAUCGUUUUGUUAUCAUUUCUGUUUUGGUCACUUUUACCUUUUUUCUUAUAUAUAAUAAGUAUUGAAUAGUUUACUCUUGAUUAACUGACCACAUUGACCAUUGAUUGGUCAUUGAAAAUGCCAAUGGAAACUGUUGUUAUCUUUGCCAUUGGAAUAUUAAUUUUAAUAUUUCUUGGUUCACUUGCAGCUCUAAUUGUCAUCUGUCAACAACGUUACUGCCGACGUGACUUUUUAUUCAAAAAUUUGUCCUCCGAUGCUACUCCUGAUGCUGGUCUUCUUGGUCCAUCUUCAUCCUCAUCGAAAACAACAGUUAAUGGUCACUCACUUGGUCCAUCAAAUUCAAUUGAGCUCGAUGAUGUUGCCAUUCAUCCGGAGAUCGAUAAAAUUUUGGCCGAUGCUCGUUGGGUCGAUGAUGUUACCGGACUAAUACCUCAUUGUUUGGCUAUCCUUAAGUCCUGCCAUCAUUUGACUGGUCGGCUUGUUGAGGCAACAAUGGCCGCUCUCAAUAGUUAUCAUCAAGAUGACCAACAGCGGAAAUUAUGGGAGAUCAUUAGAAUCGCUCAGAAAAUAUCUCCACGUGUCGAUGAUGUUGUCCAGUCCAUGUACAAUGGAGACGCUCGGCUACUCGAGGCUCGUUGUUUGGCCGUUGUUUUGUCCGUUUCUCAUCUCGCGACUGUGAUUAAGUACUUGUGUCAUGUUGAAAGUAAUUGGAUUCAAGAAUCACUCGAUGAAUUGGAACAACAAAUGAAGGCUCUUCGGGAAGUUGGUCAAUCGUUAAUCGAAUCAACUAAUAAUGGUUCUAAUGGAGCAAUUAAUCCAGUUUGUUCAGCAAAUGGAGAAGACGAAAGAAACUCAUCACCAACAAAUAGAUUGGAAGUUGUUUUCAACUAAUCAGCCAACAAUCAACAAUCAAUCGUAAUUCAUAUCAACAAUUUGUUUUUGUUUUACCUCAUAAACGGUUGAUUAUCAUCAAGUCAUAAUAAUAAUAAUUAGCAAGAGCCUAAUGGCGAUAAAAUUGGAAUUAAUAUUUGGCCUGUUAAACGGGCUCACUAAUUACCUUUAAUUAUUCAUCUUUUUUUCUUAAGCCAAAAAAAACUCCAUCAAAACUUGUAUUUAUCAAGAUAAUUUAAUCUAAUUAAAUUAAACAAUCUUUUAAUCUUGA